UUUUUAUUUUAUUUAUUUUUCUUAUGUUUGAUAUCUCCUGUAUAAGUUUGAUUUAUGUACUUUCUUUUUUAAAAUCACUACCUGCCUUUAGAGCUUCACUAAAUUGAAUUAAUUUAAUUAAAUUAAGUUUCAUUUCAUUUCAUGUAAUUCAAUUUUUGUGAACCUUUUAGUCAGGAGAACACCUCGACUGAGACUUGGUGUCUUUUGAGCGAUCCUUCAGGAGCUUGUUGUUUAGUUUGCUGUUGUCCUUUAAUAUUUGUUUGUCUUGGUUUUACUGUCUGUCCCGAGAAAAACAGUAAAUAUAAAAGUAAAAUGUAAAUGAAACGGAGAGAGUUGCGGGUACAUCAACGCAUAUAUUCUGAAAAAAAAAUUGACCUGGAAUUAGAAGAAAAAAAACCAAUGUUCGCGCUACACUGAAAAUUGGACAAGGCAGUGACGCAGAUAGCAGCACUUGCCGCAUUGGGAAUCAUCACAUAUUACGGCGGUUCAUACAGUCAUAAUUAAUGAGAGUAAAUUUGCAAACGGUUCUCAGUUGAUGUUAGCUCACCCCUGAUCAAUGAAAGCCUUGAUCGAUGAUGACAGCUAGCUACGAUGACGGCGAAUCGUGUUAAGCUCAGAAAAGCAUAUUAGUCAAGCUCAUCAUGGAGAACUCUACGGACAUCCCGCCAUUCGAAUUCAGUGACAUGAUCCAGAGAACCAUUGUCGCCUCGCUCAUCCUGAUCAUAUCACUGGUUGGAAUCAUCGGCAACUCGCUGGUGAUCUUGGCCGUGCUGCUGUCCAAAAAGCUCCGCACGACCACCAACGCCUUCGUGGUGAACCUGAGCAUAGCGGACCUGCUGACCUGCCUGGUCAUCCCGUGGGAUGCCGUGGCUUUGUUGGGUAAAGACGGCCUGCCGGUUGGCGAGUGGAUCUGCAGCAUUGUGGCUGCGGUCAUCUUCACAACUGUCGGCUGCAGCAUCUGUACGCUGGCCUCCAUCGCCACGAACCGCCUGCUGCUAAUCACAAGGCCGACGGCCACAUACCGGCGAAUAUACACGCCAAAGAAGAUUGCCGUUUGGCUGGUAGUCAUCUGGCUGGUGCCACUCCUCACCACUACCAUUCCCCCGCUCCUAAACGUGGGUGCUCUGGGAUUCAACCAACAGUUCCACUUUUGUGGAUCAAUCCACACCCAUCCCAACUACAAUGCAUUCAAUCUGAUCAUCUCAGCGGUCCUGUACCCAAUCCCGUGUUUCGUCAUCGUAGUCAGUUACUCACUGAUCUGGAUUCAUCUGCACCGUCAAGCGAAGAAGCUUACUAAGCGACCCGUCUCCUCCUCACCCAUCAGCGUGUCCGCGAUCGCAAACAACCAAGACGCUAUUCCCAUGGAUCAGCUCCCGGUACCAGCAGCUACCAGCAACGCUAAUCGUUCUCCAGGAACUAGUCGUCAGACCGAGGUCACUAAGAAUAUGCUAUACGUCGUCUGUGGUUUUGGUCUCUGCACAACCCCGUACUCAGUCAACCUGUUUGCCGAUGAUAAUAGCCCAUUAAUACCCUACACCACCGUCAUAGUGCUCCUCAAUAGCUGCAUCAACCCCUUGAUCUAUGCGACCAAGCACCGUGACUUCAAGACAGUCUUCGGCUGUAUCUUACGUCGCCGGUGGGUCCUCAUCCCAAACCCGUCAAACUUCCUAAAAGCACUCACGAGGUGAUUGCAACAGUGUAGGCACGCUGGCUUACACAAUGAAACAUAAUUAUGUGAGUCAUAGGAAGAAAUAAACUCGCACAAUUAAGGCUUCUGAUUUGUUUCGGGUGGAAUCUUAACUACUUGUUUAGUUUAGUCUCAGUCAACCGCUCACGGUUAGAAGUUUUUUGUAUAAUAAUUGUAGUUACCUCUCAAUAUUGUAUGAGUUUUUCGAAGCUAAUCCCAUUUCAUUUAGAACAAUAUUUCAAUGUUGUCAUUGUCCACAAUGUGUACCAUCUUGUAUAAGAAAAAAUGUAUAAUUGGAAGGGUAUUAUAAAAAAUUAUACAAAGGUGCAAAUUAACACCAAUAUUUAGGUAUAAAGGUGAAGCGAAAUGUUUUAUCAGUGACACAUGUGUCAAUGGUGGCCAUAGGAAGGUCUGCAAUUUUACUUAGAAUGCACAUCGGCAUGCACUGCCGAAUCUCAGUCUACGCUGUAAAAAUGCUUAAUGUAACAUUUGCGUUGGGAUCUUUAUACUCUAUAUUCUACAUGAUAUUUAAUUACAUUUUCAUAAAUACUGAACGACAGUUCGGCACAGUUUUUGUAGUACAUGCGAAAGAUUAAUUGUGGUCGAAUGUCAAGUAUGCACACAUUUUUUUCACAGACACAUUAACUGGCACAUGUUCUAUUGUUAUCCUCAUCAAAGCCCUAAUUUACUCGAAACAUAAGGUUUGAAUCACAUUGUCGAUUGCGAUAUAUUAUUAAUUUACUUCGACAUUUCUGUCGCGGGUUGUGGAAAAGGUUACAUAACCCAUAUAAAAUCCACAGUCGCGUUAAAAAAACCUGGACUUUUCCGGGAAAUGUAUUUCGGGUCAUUUCGGGAAAUUCUGUGAUGAGGACUGAAUUUACAAAGGCUCCUCGCUGUCUACUGAAUUUGACCAAAUACACAGAGUUUGUCCAAAAUAACAUUAUUUGUCGGCUAAUAGCCGACAGCUAUACCAAAAAAGCUUCAGAAGACCCUUACUUUUGUUACAUCUUUGUACCAAAUUCAAACAAUGAUUCACAAUGUAAUUUGAAUCAAAUCUAAAAGUCAUUGGAUAUAUAUUUAAACAUCAUUUUAGAGGUGCAUGUCUUGUUGCACUGGGCACGAUUUUAAGGUCUCUUCUUCUGUGUACGUCCGAAACUGAAAAGGGCAAUUAUUUAAAAUUACAAAAUAAAUUUACAAAAGUGCAGUGAUUCAAAUCUUGUGUGCACUAUAUAACCACUACUUAGUGGGCCAUCUAUGUCUUACAGGUUUGAAGAAAAAAGGUGUCGGACGUACUCUGAAUGUGAGUCCGAAACCGUUUAUGUCCGAAACCAUGUUUGCAGGAACAGCAUACGCAUCCUUUACAUUCAAAUUAUUGAUUAAAACGAGGUCUUUAAUGUAUAUUUAUUAAUUCUAACUUAGAUCCAACAACUAAAAUUGCAAAACAAAACAAAUUAACAAACACUCAUCAGUAAUGUGUUUGUCACGUGGACAAACACACCUGUUUCGGCUGUUUGGAAUGACUCUUGAUUUGUGAUGAUAUUGUCAUGAUGUCACUAAAUGCCAUGCAUAACACAUUGCACUAUAACACCAAGUUACAAUCGAAUCGGACCUUUAGUUCACUAGAUACAGGCCUCAGAAAAAUGUCCCUUUAAUGUGACGUCACAUUAUUUGGGAAUUUUUAAGGGCUAUAUCUUGGCGGCACUUGAAUUUUCAUCUUUAACACGUCCUGGUCUAGGUAUCUACCAAGUUCCAACCAAAUGGGACACACAGUUCAGUACAAUAGACAUUUGAAAAUGCUCCGUUAAUGUGACGUCGCGUGAAAUGUGAUGACGUCAUCAUGAUGUAAUAUCAAUUUCCAUCUAUAAUGCAUCCCGGGAUGGGUACAUACCAAGUUACAACCAAAUCAGAUUUAUAGGUCUUUAGAUAAAGGCCGUAGAAAAAUUCCCCAUUAAUGUGGCGUCACAUGAAAUGUGAUGACGUCAUGAUGACGUUACUUUAAUUUUCAUCUAUUACACAUCCCAGUAUCAAGUUGCAACCAAAUCGGACCUGUAGUCCUUUAGACAUAGCCCUUAAAAGUGCCCCUAUAAUUUGAAGUCACAUGUGACAUGUGAUGACGUCAUGAUGGCAUCACUUGAAUUUUCAUCUUGAACACAUCUCGGUAAAUUUCCAGGUUUAAAAACUACCACGGUCAGGGGCAAAAUUCACUGGAUUCCUCAGUAAUUAAUAUAGUCAUCACAUCAUAUGCGUGUAUACCAGUACUUAUGAACACGUACACGUACACACAGUCGUGUUUUACUAUACUCUCGAGGACAAUACUUUGUCUUUUCCUUUGUCCCUGUAACAUAACACUCUCCCAUAGACUAAGCACACAAACGCACAACCGAGGACCGAUUUCA